GCGCUCACAUCUUGGAACAGCUGUUCGGGAAGUUGCCAAUCUCGCAAUCAAGGCCUUAAUCUAGACCUUGAAGGUCAUACAUUUUUGGACUGGAAUUUCCGGGUCCAAUUUCAGUGAUUCUACGAUUUGGAUAUAGGUCCAUGGAGGCGUCCUUGCAGCAAGUCGUUGCCGAUGCCAAAGAGUUGGACAGCGAAUUGUUGGAAGAUAAAUCCACGAUAUUGGGCGUGGUGUGCGCCGACGACGAAGGCAAUUGUCUGGAAGUUAACGGGCGGAUUUCGCCGCUCACGGCCAAUUUGGCCGCUAGUCUGGCCCAGAUUGCGGCCGAACUCGAGCCGGGAAACCUUGAGCAACCCGUGAUUGUCUUGGACAAGACGGAUAAAACUCAAUUGAUUAUCAAGAAGGAGGAGAGUGCCACCAUUGCCAUUUCCAAACAGCAGAGCUCCAAGAAGCUCUAGAUUUUUAAGGAACCCAUGUCAGCUCAAGAUUGUUAAAGAUGCGUUUUUCAAGCGGGCUUCUCGUGAUAUGUCUCUGGCCUUGUGCCUCCUUGGUGCUGGCCAAAUUUGAGCCCUAUAACAUCUUGGGCGUGCACAGACGUGCCAGUCAGCCCGAUAUCCGGAAAGCCUACAAGCAAAUGGCCAAGGAGUUUCACCCGGAUAAGAACUCGGAUCCAGGAUCCCAAGAGCGAUUCAUCGAGAUUACCAAAGCCUACGAACUCUUGAGCGAUCCCGAACGUCGCCGAAAUUAUGAUAAUAUGGGCAUUACCGAAGACACGCCCAAUUUCCGCCGACAGCACGACUACGCCCAAUACGGCCGAUUCGAUCCCUUCGACUCGUUUUUCGAUGAUCUCUUUGGAGGCGGGGGUGGUGGGGGCGGGGGAGCCCGGAAAGCGGGUGGGUUCAAGUUCAAUUUUGGUGGGGGUGGGGCCGGAGGAGGGGACAAUGGAGGACACCGAAUCUUCCAUAAACAGAGCAUCACGGCCAAAGCUUACUGGAACAAUGUGGUGCCCAAUACGGAGAAGGAGCCGUACUUGAUCUUGUUCUACUCGGAUUGGUGCUACACCUGCUUAAGAAUCGAGCCCAUUUGGGUCAGGUUGGUGGAAGAAUUGGAACCGGUUGGUUUUGGUGUGGCCACCAUCCACUCUGAGCACGAGAAGGAAUUGACCCGCAAAGUGGGUGCCAAGGAGUUACCGCACAUGAUUCUGGUCUUGGCGGGGCGAGUCAUCCACUACCAAGAUCCGCAAUUCAGCGCGGUCAAGGUGAUCGAAUGGAUCCGACGCAAGUUCCCGUACAAAUCCGUGGAAGCCCUGGACGACUCCAAUGUGGACACCUUCCUUAACGGAUGGAUGGAUAAUCGGGUUCGGGUCUUGCUCUUCGGUCAUACCGAGGUGAUUCGUUUGAGGUACUUGUCCUCGUCGUUCCGAUAUCGUAAACGAGCCGCCUACGGAUAUGUGAGGAUCGGUGAUCCCAAGGCUCAAAAGGUCCUUCAAAGGUUCUCCGUACCCACCACGGCCAAAGUGGAGACCUUACUAUUGUUCCAAGAACACCCCAAGGUUCCCACAGCCUCCGUGUCCAUGAAGGACUUGUCCUUGGAAACCCUUAACCAAAUCCUGGAGACGAAUCAGUUCCUCCAACUCCCACGUCUGUCGAGUCAAGAGAUCUUCGAUUCUCUGUGUCCAAGUGAGAGUGCCAAAUCCCGGAAACGACUCUGUGUGACUCUCAUCACCAAAGACGAUCCAGUUCAUGAGGGCUUUCGACAGAGCAUGCGGGAUUUCGCCCAAGAGUAUCGAGCAGGCACGGAUCGGGUCAAGUUCACGUAUAUCCUCCUGGAGAAGCAAAACGCUUUCGUCCAGAACCUGAUCUCGUCCUCUUCGCCUUCAUCGGCCGAGCUGGGCCUUCAAUCGGACCCUUCUUUGCGCGUGGUGAUUCUUUGGCGAAAGGAUGUGAAGCGAAUGAAGUACGAGUGGUUGAAAGAGCGUUGGGAUGUGGGUCCGGAUCAGUCCAACAGCUCCGAUGAGGCCUUGAAGAAGACUCUCAAGCGAUUGCUCGCCCCCAAUGAGGUGCUGCCAUUUGAGACGGAGCUCCCGGUUUUGAACGAUGAGCACGCCCAGAGUCUGUUUGUCAGAAUGGCCAAUCGAAUGAUCGAAAUGGCCGAGACCAUCCGAGAGAGCAUCACCCGCGACGAACUUCUGCCUGCCGUGAGCCUGGUCCUCACCGUGGGCUUCAUCAUCGUGGGCGGCUAUGUCAUGAACUAUCUAGUCAAGAUGGAGGAGGAGUCCGUUCAACGCCAAUUAGGAGCCAAAGGUUUAAAAGUCGAUAAGAAGGGUAAAGUCGUGCCGGAGUUGAAGAUCCACGAACUUCGAGCCGAAACCUACAAUGGCAUGGUGCGCCUCCUCAAACCAGGUUGUCGGACCAUUGUCCUCAUUGUAGACCGAGAAAGCAAGGAGAAGCUUGUGCCCAAGUUCUACAAAAUGGCCUGGCCCUACCGAAGGAAUAAGACGAUCAUGUUCGGAUUCCUAUACAUAGAAAAAGGGUUGCCGUGGUUCAAGAAGAUCCUCAACCUGACGUUACCUGAGCCGAGGGACAUCGACAUCAAUCCCAAGAAUUGCAUCGGUACCGUUCUCUCUUUGAACGGACAUCGGCGAUACUUUUGCAUGUUUCACGCCAAACAUCCUGAGGGAUCACGCAAGCGCAUUUACACCGCUAAUAACGGCACAGUGGCAGGAUCAUUUAUGGGCUUUGACUCGGAAAUGGAAGAGGACUCGGAUGUGGAGACCGACUUGGAGAGACAACCCACGGAUCGGCGACCUCCUUUGCUCGACUCUCCCGAUCAUUUGCCCAUUUUUGAGGACCAAUUGCUGGAUGGCUUGCAAAUGUGGCUAGACCGACUUUUCGAAGGAUCCACCUAUCGUUAUCACAUCAAUUAUUGGCCCGAGUUUCCGAUCUCACCCUCGAAUUUCAGUGUCGCCGGCAACGGUCGCUCUUAGGCUAAGAACUUAUAAAUUUCACCUAUUUGCAUCCCUAACUGACUACGUCCUGUUUGUUGCCUUGUAUCCGGAUACAUUCCAAUAUUCCCUCGGAAAGGUCCAAUCCCGCCGAAUGAAUACACGAUGCACACAUUUC